AUGAACGGAUACGCCGCUUCGGGUAUAUCCCUCUCUCACGAGGAGAAAAUAUCUCUAAUCGAAGAGAAGUCAAUAUCAGACGUGGAAAGUGAAAGUGGAAGGGCAGAUCUGGAAAAGAGAUUUUCAACUCAACAGUGGUUCAAGCGGGCAGGAGUACACACAAGGGGGCCACGCCUUUCAUCAUGGGCAGCUAUAUUACUACGAGUAGGAAUCUUCCUAUUACCGAGCUUCGUACAGCACCGAUUUACCCACGACCGACCGAGAAGUGACCGGGUUGGUCCAACAGCAUACCUCGACGGCCUGCGCGGACUGGCAGCUCUAUUCGUCUUCUUCUGCCACUUCUUCUAUACAGCAUUCGUAAUUGCUGAUGGUUAUGGAAAAGAUGGGGGAAAUUAUCUCUUUUGGAAAUUACCAUUCAUCCGACUCUUGUUCAGCGGGCCUUCCAUGGUCUGCCUUUUCUUUGUCAUUUCAGGAUACGCCCUGUCCUUGAAGGCUAUCAAGCAGAUCCGAAGCCGCUCAUAUGAUGGCUUUGCCACCACCAUGUCGUCGUUUGUCUUUAGACGCGCCUUCCGACUAUUUCUCCCAACGGCAAUCUCCACUUUCAUGGUAGUAAUACUUUUGCAACUCGGCGCCUACGAAGUGACCAGAGAUUUCGCUGGCGACACCAACUAUGUGAGGGGCGUCAUUGAAACACACCCGCUUCAGGCAUACACUUUCAACUGGCAAUUGUGGCAUUGGGCCUGGGAAAUGUUUGAUUUCAUUCAUGUCUGGGGAUGGGAGCCUUUUGGUGGAAGUACCAUGUACGAUGUGCAUCUAUGGACGAUUCCCGUGGAAUACCGCUGCUCCAUGAUGCUAUUCCUGGUUCUUUUUGGGCUUGCAAGGGUCCGCACGGGAGUUCGAUUUGCCUGUCUGAUCGGACUGUCAUGGUUCUGUUUGCGCAACAACCGCUGGGAAAUGAUUCUCUUCCUCGCUGGCAUGGGCAUUGCAGAAAUGGAUGUCAUUCGCGGCGCGCACAACACUCCAUCGCAAACACAACCGCCGACGAGCCCGAUUCUACCUUUUGACGAAAAGUCGACAUUCAGACCCAGGGACUCCAAGGGCCUGUUCUGGAUCGUAUUGUCGAUACCAGCAAUGUACCUCAUGUCAGAACCGGACUUGGGAACAGAAGGAGUGCCGGGCUGGCAAUUCCUGGGCUCCCUCAUUCCCGAGUAUUUUGUGGACAAGUACCGAUUCUGGCAGAUUUGGGGAUCCAUCCUGUUUGUCAUUUGCGUCGCCCGCUCUCCAGCUUGGCAGCGCGUGUUCAACACUCCCUUUGUACAAUAUUUCGGCCGCAUCAGCUACGCCAUUUACUUAAUGCAUGGCCCGGUCAUGCACACAGCAGGGUUCAUGAUUGAGAAAUGGGCAUGGUCGAUUACGGGCACCGAGGGCACCGCGUAUACACACGGAUUCUGGCUUGCUGCCAUGUUCAACAUUCCCUUGGUCAUUUGGGCAGCCGAUCUCUUCUGGAGAGCCGUCGACGCUCCGACAGUCAAGUUCUCGAGAUGGAUAGAAAGCAAGUGUUUGGUGAAGGAAUAG